CCUGCAGUGCUGGCCCAGAAGCACCAUGGCUGCUGUUGCAUGGGUCUCCCUGGCUGCUCUCCUCCUGCUACCUGUGGUCACCACCAUGCACUCAGACUGCAUCUUCAAGAAGGAGCAAGCCGUGUGCCUGGAGAAGAUCCAGAGGGCCAAUGAUCUGAUGGGCUUGAAUGAUUCCUCCCCAGGCUGCCCUGGGAUGUGGGAUAACAUCACGUGUUGGAAGCCCGCCCAUGUGGGUGAGAUGGUCCUCGUCAGCUGCCCUGAACUCUUCCGAAUCUUCAACCCAGACCAAGUCUGGGAGACCGACACCAUCGGUAAGAGGAAUCUUGAUUUUGAUUUUACUGACAGUAAUUCCUUGGAUCUCUCAGUCAUGGGUGUUGUGAGCCGGAACUGCACGGAGGACGGCUGGUCUGAGCCUUUCCCUCAUUACUUUGAUGCUUGUGGGUUUGAUGAAGAUGGAUCUGAGACGGGGGAUCAGGAUUAUUACUACCUGUCGGUGAAGGCCCUCUACACGGUUGGCUACAGCACAUCCCUUGUCACCCUCACCACCGCCAUGGUCAUCCUGUGUCGCUUCCGGAAGCUGCAUUGCACACGCAACUUCAUCCACAUGAACCUGUUCGUGUCGUUCAUGCUGAGGGCCAUCUCCGUCUUCAUCAAAGACUGGAUCUUGUACGCGGAGCAGGACAGCAACCACUGCUUCAUCUCCACCGUGGAGUGCAAGGCUGUCAUGGUUUUCUUCCACUACUGCGUCGUGUCCAACUACUUCUGGCUGUUCAUCGAGGGCCUGUAUCUCUUCACCCUCCUGGUGGAGACCUUCUUCCCUGAGAGGAGAUACUUCUACUGGUACACCAUUAUUGGCUGGGGAACCCCAACUGUGUGUGUGUCAGUGUGGGCGACACUGAGGCUCUACUUGGAUGACACAGGCUGCUGGGACAUGAAUGACAGCACGGCUUUGUGGUGGGUGAUCAAAGGUCCUGUGGUUGGCUCUAUAAUGGUUAACUUUGUGCUUUUCAUUGGCAUCAUUGUCAUCCUUGUGCAGAAACUUCAGUCUCCAGACAUGGGAGGCAAUGAGUCCAGCAUCUACUUCAGCUGCGUGCAGAAAUGCUACUGCAAGCCACAGCGGGCUCAGCAGCACUCUUGCAAGAUGUCAGAACUGUCCACCAUCACUCUGCGGCUCGCCCGGUCCACCCUGCUGCUCAUCCCACUGUUCGGAAUCCACUACACGGUCUUCGCCUUCUCCCCAGAGUAUGUCAGCAAGAGGGAGAGACUCGUGUUUGAGCUGGGGCUGGGCUCCUUCCAGGGCUUUGUGGUAGCUGUUCUCUACUGCUUUCUGAAUGGGGAGGUGCAGGCGGAGAUCAAGCGCAAAUGGCGGAGCUGGAAGGUGAACCGUUACUUCACUGUGGACUUCAAGCACCGGCACCCAUCCCUGGCCAGCAGCGGGGUGAACGGGGGCACCCAGCUCUCCAUCCUGAGCAAGAGCAGCUCCCAGAUCCGCAUGUCCGGCCUCCCGGCUGACAACCUGGCCACCUGA